CGAGGGUCAAUAAGCAGAGGCUGAAGCUCGACUUUUUCUCCAGGAGCGACGAUUUCAGUGUCCAUGUCAAGUGAGCAUGGGCUGAUGGGCGGGUGAUCUCUCCCACGUUAAUGUGACGUGCAAUUUCCAAGACAGUCUGGGGGCGAACGUUUCAGUGCUACUUGGCCCCCCACACAUCUUUCAUUUGCUCCACUUUCAUUAUGGACCCGGUCUCCAGGCGAUUACUCAAAGAAUUGAACGACUAUCAGCGUGAAGCUCACAAUCAUCCCGAAAUAAUAGAAUUGACUCCUGCAGACGAUGAGGACUUGACUCACUGGCGGGCAACCAUUGCUGGACUGGACCAAACUCCAUUCCAAGGCGGCUUGUGGAACUUGGAUGUAAAAAUCCCCCAUAACUAUCCUAUGCAGCCUCCUACCGUCAAGUUCAUCACUCAGAUAUGUCACCCCAACGUUCAUUUCAAGACCGGUGAAAUUUGCUUAGAUUUAUUGAAGACAGCAUGGUCCCCGGCUUGGACUUUGAAAUCUACCAUCUUGGCUAUUUCAUUAUUGCUUAGUAACCCAGAACCAUCAUCACCCCUCAACUGUGAUGCUGCUAAUCUCCUUCGAUGCGGCGAUUUAGUAGGGUACGAGAGCAUGAUACGGAUGUAUACCCAGUUAUUUGCUAUGAAGAUGACCGAAGAAGACCAGUAAUCCCACCGUUGCACCAUUAAAUUUUGUAAUAAAAACGUCCCGUAAUAAUUCUACCCCCCUUGAG